UUAAUGAAACCUAAUACACCACAAAAUAUCUUUCACCAGAUCUCACGAGUCGUUUGUUCUUCCUGUUCCACCAGCGACGGCGUUUUCUCCGCCGGGGACAACCUUGCUCCUGGUCCUCUUCGUCGCUUCUCUUCCCUGUUACUGGCUAAAGAUGGAACUUGAACCCAGUAUUCAACCCAAGCAAGAGCGUUCUAGAACAAGAUGGACAGCAUCCCUGGACAAAAUAUUUGCAGACUUGGUAGUCAAGCAGAUUCAACUGGGGAACAGGCCCAAUGAUAUUUUCGAUAAGAAAACAUGGAAUCAUAUCCGUGAUGAGUUUAACAGGCAAACCGACCUUAAUUUCAAUAAUAAUCAAUUAAGGAAGCAUCUAGAUGUUCUUCGGAUGCGUUACAACAAUUUGAAAUCUGCUUAUGAUCAUAAUAAUGGCUUUCUAUUGGAUGACUCCAUUUGCAUUGGAUUUGAACAGUGGGAAGACAUAGGGGCACAGCCAAGGAAUGAAACAGUUAGAGUAAAAGAUUGUCCAAUAUAUGAGCAGCUUUGUACAAUAUUUGUAGAUUCAGCUGCUGAUGGGAAAUAUGCCCAAUCUAGUCAUUAUGAGGAGUUAGACAAAUCUAUUGGAAUAGAUGCUUCUGGCUUGUAUGAAAACCCAUCUUCAUCAAAAGCCAUUUCAGGGAAUAUCUUAACUGUUGAUAAGGAGACCAAGAAUUCUCUAGAUAGGAAGAGGAAACGUCAUCAUGAGACUCAAACUACUACUCUGGAUCAAGGCACUUGCGAUGCUAUGGCUGGAGCCUUGUUUGAAAUGAUUGCUGUUUCAAGGUCAAGGGCAGUUGUUUCAAGUGCAAGUGAUGAUAAAUUUUCCAUAACAAACUGCAUUAGGGCUCUGGAUGAGAUACAAGACAUUGAUCAACUGCUCUAUUUUUCUGCACUGGACCUGUUUGAGGACCCUAGAUUAAGGGAGACUUUCAUUUCCUUAAAAAGUGUCAAGAUUCGGCUGACAUGGUUACAAGGAAAGUGCAGUAAAAAUCCCUUCCAUUAAAUUUAAGUCAUUACUUAGGUUAAAUGUGUUGUUUAUAUUAUACACUUAUUUUUGUUUGGCUGGAAGUAAUUCUGUUUUUGGCUCUCAA